ACCAAUUGUACCUCCAUGACCACGACCCUAGAAUACCUAUACAAGACCGAGACCAAGGCGGGUUUGUUUACAGUCGAGGGCGGUGCGGUGCGGUCCCUCGGGUGCGGUGGUCUGCCGUUACGGAGAGUUCACUCCACGAGGAUGUUGUCCCAUUCCUUGAAACCACUGAGGGCAACACACAAUCUACUAAAUAGAGUGUUGCAACCUGCGUGCCUUCAUGCAGUUCGAGGGAAGAAAAGAGCAAAAUUUCGCAAGCCAUUGGACCCAAAACAUGCGGAGGAUUUACCUGAAUUUGAAUUUAUUGGCAAAAGAUCUCGACCCGACACCCUUCUGUUUACUUGGGGUGUUGCAGAUCAUGGUGGCCUUGGACGGGCCUCCUUCAUUCGCCCAGACGCCUCCAAGAAGCAGCACCACCGGUCAUACGUGCACCACCCUCACAGAGUAGAGUUUGGAGAAUAUCAUAAGGUUGUGGAUGUAGCCUGUGGUUAUGGCUACACUGUUCUUGCUGUUAACGAUGAAUCUGGACCUUCCUGUUAUGGAACUGGCCUAAACUCAGACUCACAAGUUGGAACUCAUGAACCAAGAAGUGGACACCCUCUUGGAAUGUUGAUCAAUCCAGCACCCAUUGACCUUCCCGUUAAGGAAAAAAGCAGAGUUAUCAAGGUAGCUUCAGGGCGAGCACACACUGUGAUGCUGACAGACAGUAACAGUGUGUGGACCGUGGGCAACAAUGCGUAUGGACAGUGUGGAAGGCCAGUCAUACCUGACGAAGACUACGGGAGAGAGGCCUAUUACCACCACCUGACUGCUCUUGAAGGCACCCGCGUCAAGCAGGUGGAGUGUGGCCAAGACACCAGCUUUUUCUUGAGUGAAGAAGGAGUGGUGUAUUCUUGUGGCUGGGGAGCAGAUGGCCAGACUGGCCGAGGCCACUAUGACAAUGAACCCAGUGUAGGAGCCGUGGUGGGAGACAUUUCUGGAGAAAAGAUAACAAAAAUCUCCUGUAGAGCAGACUGUGCCUUGGCCCUUAAUGAUAAGGGUGAUGUGUUUGGCUGGGGCAAUUCAGAAUAUCACCAGUUGAACUCUAUCACAGAUGAAAUGCAGAUUCACACCUCCAGGAAACUGAACUUUCCAGGUCUAAAGAAAGUAAUAGACGUUGCAUCUGCAGGAACCAUGUGUUUACUGCUUGACGAGGAUGGACAAGUUUAUGCCUGGGGUUUUGGUCCCAUUGGAAAGGGGCCAAAUGUCACAUAUUCAAAAGCUCCAACCCUCAUUCCUCCUACAUUAUUUGGACAAAAUGAACUCACUCCUAAUGCUAAGGUGAUAAGUCUGGCCUGCGGGAUCAACCAGUUUGCAGUUAUAAACAGUCACGGCUCCUUGUUCACCUGGGGAAAGAACCCUGGGGGGUGCUUGGGGCAGAGCCACACCAAGGAUCAGUGCUUCCCAAUACGUGUGUGCAUUGGAGGUCAGGUGCUCAAAGUCAGCUGUGGAGUUGAUCACAUGGCAGCCAUGGUGAAAGAGAUUGUGUGAAGACUCCACUGCACUGUAGUAUGUGUAAUAAAAUUUGUUAUUUAU